UCAGACGGCAGGAGGAUGUGAGUAACAGUCCGCCCGUUGUUCGCCGCUGUGGACGCGCCUGCCUGGGAUGUGCGCGGGGAGCGGGCUCGGGCACCAGGGACCUCCAGCAUCCUCCGCUCGAGCCUGACACGCAUGACAAGUGAAAGAGCCCUGAAAAGGAGCGAGAGGCGCGUCGGAAUGUGCUUCACCCGAGCUCCCCAUCCACGACGCCUCGGAUCCGGAUCCAGCGCAAAAAACAAGCCCGAGACUCUUUGAAUUGAUUUUAUUUAUUCGUUUCGAUCCGUGCGCGCACAGGAGCUGCGUGCGUGGGUGUGUUUUCCUUUUGUGAAGCUUCAACACAAACUUCUACCAUGGCUCUGAUCAUGGAGCCCGUGAGCAAGUGGAGCUUCAAUCAAGUGGUUGACUGGAUGAAAGGCCUGGAUGACUGCCUGCAACAGUACAUCAAGACCUUUGAGAAGGAGAAAGUCGGGGGGGACCAGCUGCUGCGCAUCACCCACCAGGAGCUGGAGGACUUAGGAGUGUCCAGAAUCGGUCACCAGGAGCUCAUACUGGAGGCUGUGGACUUACUCUGUGCUCUGAAUUAUGGGCUGGAGACGGAGAACCUGAAGACGCUCUCUCACAAGCUUAAUGCGUCGGCCAAGAACCUGCAGAACUUCAUCACAGGCCGGCGGCGCAGCGGCCAUUACGACGGCCGUGCCACUCGCAAGCUUCCCAACGACUUCCUCACAUCUGUGGUGGACCUCAUCGCCGCCGCCAAGAGCCUCCUGGCUUGGCUAGACCGGUGUUCCUUCUUUUCUAGGUCUCCAUUCGCCGCGGUGGCGGAUUACUCCAUGACCCGAAACAACGUGAUCCAGCUGUGUCUUGAGCUCACGACGAUUGUGCAACAGGACUGCUCUGUGUACGAAACAGAAAACAAGAUCCUGCACGUGUGCAAAACUCUGUCUGAAGUGUGCGACCAAAUCAUUUCCCUGUCCUCGGAUCCCAUGGUGUCCCAGUCUGCACACUUGGAGGUCGUGCAGCUCGCCAAUAUCAAAUCCACUGAAGGCUUGGGCAUGUAUAUCAAAUCUACAUAUGAUGGUUUGCACGUAAUCACCGGGACCACAGAAGGAUCCCUGGCUGACCGCUGUAAGAAAAUCCACGCUGGAGAUGAAGUCAUUCAGGUCAAUCAUCAGACAGUGGUGGGCUGGCAGCUGAAGAACCUGGUGAACCUCUUGCGAGGGGACCCUGCGGGUGUCACCUUAACGCUAAAGAAGCGCCCACAGAGCACGCUCACGUCAACCCCCGCGUUGCUCAAGAACAUGAGAUGGAAACCGUUAGCUCUGCAGCCCAUCUUCCCUCAGAGCCCCGGCAGCAGCGUCGCUACGCCCACCAGCACUUUAAGCACUCCGUCCAGGAGGAGUAGCUGUGCCCUGCAGGAUCUCUACAUCCCACCUCCUCCAGAGGAGCCCUACACCCCCAGGGAUGAUAAGGAGGAUCUGCCAGAUGAGGAUCCUCAGGCGGAUGUCCGAGCUGCAGAAGGAUCUGAGUCACCGAACUCCUACCUGGACCAGGAGUGUCGGCGCAGGUUUCCCAUGGUGGAGGAGGAUGCUAUACUGUACUGCUACGAGUACGACCAGAACCAAGAGGUGUCAUCGGUCCCCAGGGGGAGCACUCCCACUUAUGGCAGGCUCAGGCCCAUCUCAAUGCCAGUGGAAUAUAACUGGGUGGGAGACAACGAGGACCUGGCGAAGCUCAGGAGAGAGAGCCGGAGAGAGAAUUCCCUGCUGCGUUACGCGAGUGAAGACAAGCCGCCUGGGGAGAGCUUCCUACUGGGCCGCAGCCUGAGCCAGAACCGGAGGAAGAUGGAGCGAGGAAGCAGCCCCACCCACUACACGCUCGUCCCCGCCCUCCAGAUGGACGUGUCCCUGUCCACAUCCAGCUCCGACUCCGCGUCGCUGUAUCAUGUGUUUGAACGCUCCUCUCUGCUAUCCAGGUCUAAGAAAAAGAGUAAAGCUGGGAGUCCCAUGUCCUCCAUCAGCAAGCGGCGGAUCUCCUGCCGGGACCUGGGGCAGGGUGACUGUCAGGGCUGGCUGUGGAAGAAGAAGGAUGCUAAAACCUAUUUCUCGCAGAAGUGGAAGAAGUACUGGUUCAUCCUGAAAGACACGUGUCUGUACUGGUACAUGAACGAGGAGGAUGAGAAAGCAGAGGGCUUUGUCAGCCUCCCAGAAUUCAACAUCGAUCGUGCCACUGAAUGCAGAAGGAAAUACGCGUUCAAAGCUUGCCAUCCGAAGAUAAAGACUUUCUACUUCGCUGCAGAAAAUGUGGAUGACAUGUCCCGGUGGCUGAGUCGUCUCAGCAUGGCUGUGGCCGGCUACUCCGAGCAGGAAAAGAUGCACCAGGACCAGGAUUAUUGGAGUGAGAGUGAUCAUGAGGACAUGGAGAUGCCUCCAAUGCCUAAGCAGGACAGUCCACCACCACCGUAUGACACUUUUCCAAGAGCAUCAUCAGUGAGUCCCUACUUGGAGCCGAAACGUGGCCAUCUCUCCUCUUCGGACACGUUCCAGUCACGAUCCUCUCACGAAGAGUUCCGCUCCGAGCCUCCGGAAAGCAACAACAGCAUUUCCCCCGGACAGAAGAAGAGCAGCCACCGGAACUCGUGGCAGGACCAGAUGGAGAGAAACACGAGGAUGCACUACCUGCAGACGUUCCCCGUGGAGGAAUCCCUGCAGCCCGAGGACAGAGGGCAGCUGGCGAUGGAGUACCGCAGGCAGUCCACCCUGCCGGCGCAGCGCAGCCUGCUGCAGGAACAGUACCGAGCUCUGCCCCUGCCUCUCAGGGCCAGCAUCGAUUCAGACGCGGGAGGGAAGCCUCGCAGCUUCACUCUUCCCAGGGACAGCGGGCUCCACGCCAUCCUGGCUGCCACCGCCGCUGCAGCAGACCAGCGGGAGCCUCAGCACUACCAGCUGGACCCGGCCAGAGACGCAGGUCACGGACGGAGCUGCAGAAUGCAGACAGACUCACUGGUGGAUUUGUACCGGGCUCUGGAACAGACCAGCCUGUCCGGCUCUGCUGACCACAGGUCGGCCGGCCGCCUGGAAUACAAGCGCUCUUUUGUUCGCAGAGUUAAUGACCCCCUGCUCAACGACAAGCUGCACCGCUUGCGGAUUCUCCACAGCUCACUGAAGAAUGUUCCUCUUCAAGACACAAAUCGCUCGCUGGGCUUCUUGGGGUAGCUUGUUGAGGAUCACCAGGGGAUCAUCGCUGCCCGUGCCUCACGCUGCCGGCUUCCUCCUGCUGGAGUCAAAAAGGCACCAAAAAGUGUUUCUCAGCUCCUUCGGCUCCACGUUUCCUCUCACCGCUCUUUUCUGUUCUCUCCGUGUGCGGGAGCACCAAGAACUGAUGCCCUUCUUUACCUCAUCUCUCAAUUUAAGACGACUGCUCUGACACGAGAAAAAUAAAAGAUGUUCUUUGCUCGAUGAAAUAAAAUGAAGAUUCACAGGGUUUAUGGCAAAAUAAGCACUUUGUGUCCAUGUCAAAGAUUUGCCUGGAAGCUUUUGAAAUACUCACUCACGUGCAUGGCCACCACGUUUUAUUUUGUUUUCUUUUUUAAAACAUUACACUGGAGUUGUGUACAACUGCAUUUCAACAUGCAUGGAUAUUUGAUUCAUGAGUAUGUUUGUUUAGUGUACAGGGUGUCAAACAUAUAUACAUAUCUGCAGUACAUAUAUUUAAUAUUACAUUCCAUCAACGGUGAUUACGCAAUGUUUUUGGGUACUUAUUAAAAUUGUACAUCAAGUGCUGUGCCUCAGUGAUAGUGAAUGUACAUUGUACCUUUUUAAUAGACAUGGAAGAAGAUUUGGGAAGCACGGUAUUCCUCAGAGCAGAGGCACACAACAAUAUCAUGCUUGGCAAUAAUGAACUAAUGUACAUUUACAGAGGAACGACCAGAAUAGUUGUCUAUUUUUGUAUGCAUGCUGUCUACCUGAUUGUUUGUAAAACAGUUUUGUAAUUCUAAGUGCAUUUGGUUGAGAGAAAACUGGUGUUAUCCGUCCCACCUCCUCCCACCCACAAGCACACGUGCACACACCACCACCACGGCGUAUUUUUAGUUCCUCUGAAAUGGAAAUAUUUUUCUUUUUUUAAAGUGUUUGCCAUAAAAAAAGAGUACUAACUGUAUUUAUUAUUAAGUGUUACAUGUACACGCAUGCUUUGUAAGACUAAAACACAUUACCACGCUGUUUGAAACCGAGUCACAUUGCACACAUGUGCCAUAUUGUAGCUACAUUACUUUUUUAUUAAAUAAAUCGUA